AUGCCAGAGCGCAGAAAGCCUCGCCAGCCAUUCUGGCUUAGCAAAGCUGCUCUCGCUGUCUUUCUUCUAGUCUUCAUCAUCUGUGCCACUUCUCUCAUCAUCCUCAACAGCGUCAUAACAUCCCGUAACGGUCUCUCACUCACCAUCUCUUCGAGUCCCUAUUCUUGGACCUACGGCCCUACAGCAAUUCUCAUCGUCGUUUUGAGCUUCUGGAGACGCAUAGACUAUUACUACAAAGUGAGACAGCCAUGGCACGAGUUACUAGCCGGACCAUCAUCGAGCAAGAACUCUCUAUUGCUCGACUACAUUUCGAGUUUCCAAGUCGUCAGCCUUUGGCAGGCAGUGAGGCGUCGUCACUUUCCCGUUGCUGCAUCUAUUGGUGGAUUCUUCCUCAUCAAAUUUAUCAUCCUUAUUUCAACGACUCUUUUCGUCGUGAUGGACACUGACUCGGAACGGUUCUUGAAUGUUUCGAUGCAGGAUCACUUUGAUGCUUCGAGGCUUUGGCUAUCCUAUCAACCGGCCAAAUUCUACGAAGUGGACCAGCUCCCAUUUCGAGGUGGUGCAUCAGACAGUUCUGUCUGGACCUACCUAAGCAGACUGAACAACGUGACGACUGAGAGGUCCGAUUGGAAACUGCCCGAGGACCUGAUUACCCAGAGGUACACUUUCACGACUGGUGAAUCUAAGAUCUCACGAGUCGAACGCCCUGUCGAUAUAUUCGUCCCUCACGUUUCCUGUGAGGAUGCUGCAUUAUCAACAGUAGAAAGAUCGAAUGCAGGUGGUAUAGUAUCCUUGAAUUACACGUUUACCUCAGAGACAUGCACCUUCAGAGACAUGUUUGUCCGACCAUGCAGGGGCGCAAGAUACGGAGACCCACCCUCUGUAAACGCUGGCAAUCGUUGUCCAGCAGAGCCUCAUGUCUACUCUGCAUUCCGAGUCAACUGUACAUCCGGUCUCGAGACGACAGGGGCAAGGGAGUGGCCCAAGGACAUAGAGCCAUUUGACAUCCGAUACGCGAUCUCUGUUGCAGAUUUCAAAUCUACCAUCGAAAGGUCUGGGUCGUUCAACAUGGUUUCAGGUAUGGAGCUUAUCAAGUCAUCGGCUCUUAUCUGCAAGAUUGAUUAUGGAAUUGCAACCGCCAACGCAACGCUAGACCUACAGAGUGGGAAUGUAUCACUCCCCAUGCACGCUCUUUAUGGGGAACACAGGCUCUUGGGCAAUCUAUCAAGUCUUGCAUUGGCAGAAUUGUUGUGGACAAACCUUGCUCGCCCAGCAGAGGCUUUUAUCGUGGACGAAAAAGUGCCUACCGUCAGACCAGUGGUCGACGGCGAGGGUGACCUUCUGCCAAUGCCAAGAGCGGAAGAUGUCUUGUUUCAAUUGAUAUAUGCUCAACUAGGUCGUCCAGGAAACCUCGACGCAUUUUAUAAGACUGAUACUCUUAAGAAGGCGACUGUCUCGGUCUUGGAGGGCAUAGCGCGUGAAUUUGCCAGGGAGUCACUACUCGUCGCGAAGCCCACCAGAAGUUCUGCCAAAGGGUGGGCAACUGAUGAUCGGCUACACAUGAGGCCUGUUGCGAUUUGGACUAUGGUGCUAUCUUUUUUCCUCCUAUGUAUAAUGUGCCUGUCAUUAUUCUUCCAGGUGCCUGGACGAUUUGAAUGGAUCCCUGCGAUGUCUGGCUCUUUGGCUGGCAGCGCGGCGAUACUUGCCAAAAGUCCUGAACUUCAAUCUGUUUUGUCCGGCUCGAGUCACCUGACGAGCAAAGAAUUGGAGAGCAAACUUGUUGGCAUCCAGUUCUCUGCUACGAAGAAGGCCGGUGGGGAUCUUGAAGUUCAAGCUGUCUCCAGCUCCGAAUCUUCACGCGAGAUAUCUCCUAUCACAAGCAAAGAGUUGAAGAAGAAAUAUAGCUGGACGCCACUAUCAGCUCGGAUAUUUAUGAUCAUACCGACAUUUACAACUCCCUUGAUCGCGAUCGGUAUCCUCGAGCUUCUAUACCACCUUCUCCAACGCGAAGACCAUUUCGUUCGCAUCAAUGGAGACUCAACUACACUAUCAUACAUCAUUCGUAUCUCGUCAACCCUAGCCGUUUUCGGCAUCGCAACAAUGAUCAAUAAUCUAGACUCCACUAUAGUCGUUUUUGCCCCGUUCGCAAACCUUCGAUCUGGUAGGACGAGGCCCGAUCAGGGUAUCCUUUUCCAUCUUCUAUCAGUCAACCCUUUCCUCGUCAUGUUCAAAUCUCUUUACCGCGGGCAGUUUGGGCCAGCAUUAUCGAGUUGUGCAACACUGAUUGCGGGGUUCUUAACUAUCAUAGUCUCUGGCCUCUGGGUCCCGGUUACCACUUUGAUCGUUGAUCAUCCCUCCACCGCUGCUGCGGGUAAUUGGGAUCUCAGUUGGUUCUCCGAACCUACUAAUGAUGGAGGUGCGGCUGUUGAUUUGAACCAGCUACAUUAUGGCGGCGCUAAAAUACCCUCGGGGAUUUGGCAAGAGAUGGUAGUCCCCGACAUUUCCCUGUCAGACGACUUCGACGGUACACGUAGUGGUGCCAAUUAUACCUACAGUGUCAUGGCUCUAGAACCCGUCUUGAGCUGCACAGCUAUUACCCAAAGCGCCAUAUCAACUACGAGCUUUACUUAUGGUACCAGCGCUAGUCAAGGCCGAAUCAACCCAGUCAAUGGUACAAGGAUCACCGUUCAGCCCCCAAAGAUAAACCCACAAUGUUCGAAUUCCUCCAUCAAGGGUUAUGGAAAUCUUACUUUUGGGGUUGAGCUGAGGAUGUCGCAACCUUUUUCCAUCGGAAAGUACUUUGAUCUUCCUCAAUCAACCGCUGGUCAGGUUUCCGCUGAUUGCCCAUCCAUUGGCAUACUCUUUGGCAUGGUUGAACCGAAAGGUCGCACUUUUAAAGGAAAUCUGACUGCACUUCUUUGUUCUCAAACUAUAAAUCAAGUGCCUGUGAGCUUGGAGUACAAUGGGAACCCAGCCCUUGGAAUUAUUGAAAACAUUCAGACACAAGGUAACUCUACAAUGGUGCAGAAUGAUAACAAGGCGUCUACUCUGGGGUAUAAGCUCGCAGGGUUUUGGGCCGAGACUCUUUUGCCAUUUCCUGGCUACAAUUCAAUGCAUACAGAAUAUGAUCCCUUCUUCAAUCAUAUACUUUUUCGACCUGAUGGCUACCAACGCAGCAAGCUGGAAGGCGCCAAGGGCGAAUGGCUUCUCAUCCGGGCGGUGGAAGAAGACUACAAUGAGUAUCUCAGAUAUGCCAUCCAUCGCAAUAUGCGAGCCGGAAAGAAGCGUUCUAUUGGCAAGUUUCUAAGCGCUACAAAGAACGACAGCUCUGCAGAGUCACCCCAGUCGAUAACUACCGGGCUUUACUCUGCAAAUAUAACACAUCUUAUCAUCGACUAUACAUCAAAAACAAUUCUUCAAUUCCUCCUUGCCAUUAUGACGUUCUUCAGUCUUAUAGGCUUUCUUCUUGUCAAGAUACGCGGGACCUUACCCAGAGAUCCCUGCAGUGUCGGGAGCACUAUGUCUCUACUUUCAGACUCGCAGCUGUGCGACCCAGGGGCAGGUAUCCUUCCUGAAGAUGCGCAGCAUAUGAAUGAGAAGGAGUCGAUCCAGGCACUUGAUGGAUGGGUGUUUAGUGGCGAUUUGAUUGGCAAUACUGCUGUCGAAGAAAGUGAGAGGGAAAGCAAAUGA